CUCUUAAUUUUCAUUUCAUUCUCACUGUCAGUGAUAUAUUUUGUUUCCUCUGUUCUUUCUCGAAAAACAAACAGAACUUCUAGUAGCCGAUUCUGGGUUGUUCGUAUAUUGACUUCUUAGCCUUCAGCUCAUUGGAUUGAGGUCCUUGUAGAUCGAAUCGUGUUCGUUCAUUCUAUCAGAUUCUCCGAGUGAAAUCGACGAGUCUCUAAAACGUCGACACAAUGGUUUCGUUUGAAAUGAAUGACCGUAAAAGUGAGUUACAAUCAUAUUCAGAGAUUGGGCUGGGGUUGACUGGAUUUGGAAUAUUUUUCACAUUCUUGGGGAUCAUCUUCUUCUUCGAUAAGGGAUUACUGGCCAUGGGAAAUAUCCUCUUCAUCUCAGGAGUGUCUCUAUCCAUUGGUUUGAAGUCCACUAUGCAAUUUUUCAUGAAACGUCAAAACUUUAAGGGAACCAUCUCUUUUGGUCUUGGCUUCUUCUUUGUUGUUAUUGGUUGGCCAAUUAUUGGAAUGAUUCUUGAGACAUAUGGGUUCAUUGUGCUCUUCAGUGGUUUCUGGCCAACACUUGCUGUUUUCAUUCAGAGGAUACCUAUUCUUGGUUGGGUAUUCCAACUACCAUUUGUUAGAUCGUUAUUCGACAAGUAUCGGGGAAAACGGGUGCCUGUAUAAACUCUCUAUGGAAAGCAAGGAAGUACAAUGUAGUGACAGGUCCACUUGCAAAUUACUUUUGGAUGGUAGACAAAAUUCUUUGGUUUAAUUCACAUGGUGACUUGAAAACGAUUCUCUUUGAGAAGUUAACCAAAUUCUCUUACUUGAAGAAAGAGAAUGAAAAUGAUUUUCAUCAUUUUCUCUAAUACUCUAUCGAUGUUUUCAUUUUGGCUCCAUAGCUGAAGUUGAAUACAAGCUUUCUAAUACUCUAUCGAUGUUCAUCAAUCCGUUCUGCCACUCCCUUGGAAGGAAAAAAUAAAUCCUGUAAAUGAUCCUUUUUCCUUGAUAGACUUGAAGAAUGCACAUGUUUUUAGUUACCUUUUUUCGGUUUCUGAAGUUUUUUCAAAUGGCCGAUUGAUUUGUAAUGGCAUUUAUGUGUGAAGUUUCUGCUUGAUUUAUAGUAUUUACCUUGAAAUGGAUUUUCACUU